GUCAACAGCGGCAAAUUUUGUCUUCUCCUGCGGCUGUGUCUGUACAAUGGAGACGCGAUGGCGAAAAGUUCACUCCGUGACGGGAGUGAUACCGAGGUCGCGGCACGGGCACCGGGCGGUCGCCAUACGGGAACUGAUAAUUGUUUUCGGCGGUGGGAAUGAAGGAAUAGCUGAGGACCUCCAUGUUUACAACACGGUAUCAAAGCAGUGGUUCCUUCCUGCCGUGAGGGGCGAUAUCCCACCUGGCUGUGCGUCCCAUGGCUUUGUAUGUGAAGGUACAAGAAUACUUGUAUUUGGUGGCAUGGUGGAGUUUGGCAAAUACACUAACAACCUUUAUGAACUUCAGGCUAGCAGGUGGCUGUGGAAGAAGUUAAAACCUCGAGUGCCUCGGAAUGGUUCACCCCCGUGCCCUCGGAUUGGGCAUAGCUUCACCCUGGCGGGCAACAAAUGUUAUUUGUUUGGAGGAAUGGCCAAUGACAGUGAUGAUCCCAAUGGAAAUAUUCCAAGAUACAUGGCGGACUUCUUUGAGCUGGAGCUGCAGUCAGGAUCAGGUGCCAGAGCUUGGAACAUUCCAGACACAAAGGGUGGGGGGCCGUCAGCACGAGAGUCCCACACAGCGGUGGCGUACACCAAUGCAGGAUCUCCAAAACUUUACAUCUUUGGAGGGAUGCAGGGACACAGGCUGAAUGACAUGUGGCAGCUUGAUCUUGACACAAUGGUUUGGUCGUUACCCAACAUACAGGGUUCCACACCAACAGCCAGAAGUCUUCACUCUGCAACUGUCAUUGGAAACAGGAUGUUUAUUUUUGGCGGCUGGAUUCGCGCUCCAGAAUCUGAACAAUCAGGUCCAAGUCAACCUGAGUGGAUCUGCUCAAACUCCUUAAGCAUCCUUGAUCUUGACACCAUGAGCUGGCAGAGUCAGGGACCGGAGCAGCUGGAUGACAUCGUGUCCCAGCCACAGAGUCAAGCAGCCCAGACAGAUGACCUGUAUGCCAGCUGGCCAAAAGCCAGGGCUGGCCACUGUGCCGCCAGUGUGGGUUCCAGGAUGUAUGUUUGGAGUGGCCGAGAUGGCUACAGGAAGAACUGCAACUACCAGGUCUGCUGCAAGGAUCUCUGGUACCUGGAGACAGAGCGGCCCACAACUCCUGAAGCAGUGCAACUCAUCAAAUCCACGGUCAGCAUGCUCCAUGUAGCAUGGCGCCCCCUGAUGGCAGCAGACUGCUACCUGCUUCAGAUUCAGCCUGUGUCUGUUGCUGCACCUCAGGGCGAUCAGAGCAGAACAGAUGGACAGGAAGCCAAAGAUAAAGAUUCCACAGGUGUGCCUCAACCUAAAAGUGAUGCUGCUCAUAACAAGGACACAACAUACUUGAAUGAGUCAACACAGCAGAAGAAAUCCUCCAAAGUGUCCAAUGGUUCAAAAGAAGCACAGAUAAAUGGCAAAAAGAAUGCUGCGAGUGAGACAGACAAGAGCUCAGACUCCAAACACUGUGAAAACCUUGAUCACCAACAAAGCGCAAGUCCAGCCGUGUGGCACGAUGUGGGCGUGUUUAAAACUCUGUUUAGUGAAGUCAGCCACUUCUUCCUACCGGCAGAUUCUGACGAAGUGACUGCAACCGGCCGCCCUCCUGGCAAUAAAGAGAGGAAAAAGCGGCCUGGGCCUCUGGACUAUCAAGACCGGGACAAGCAGGAUCUGACUCCGGGUCAGACUUACAGGUUCAGAGUAGCAGGCAUCAACUGCUUCGGCCAGGGAGACUUCAGCGCGGUCAGUGAGUUCAAAACCUGCCUGCCAGGAUUCCCUGGAGCGCCAUCGGCUGUUAAGAUUAACAAGGUGAACGAUCUAGUCCACAUCACAUGGGAGGCUCCUCCGUCUCCAUCAGGGCGCAUCCUGGAGUACUCCAUGUACAUGGCGGUGAAGAAGAGCCGCUCCGCCAGCUCCGACCGUCCAGGAGAGCUGGCGUUUAUCCACAUCUACCGUGGCACCAAGACAUCUUGCUCCGUCAACUCCACCCAGUUGGAGAAUGCGCACAUCGACUUCUCUGCCUCCAAUCGACCGGCUGUCGUCUUCCGCAUUGCUGCUAAGAACGAAAUGGGCUAUGGGCCUGCCACGCAGAUCCGCUGGAUCCAAGAUCCCAGUAAAGUGAGAUCUGGGUCGAAGACAGACAGCGCCAUCACUCACCAGGAUGAAGCGGACAGGUGAUCUGAUAUCUCUCUCCAGCUGAAACUCUGGGCUUGAGAGGCAUCUGUUUUCGGCACAUUCUGUUUACUGUUUACUUAAGCUAAAUUAUUUUGCGUAUUUAUAUUUUCUCAAGCUAUUUGAUUGUGAGAGAAUUUGAGUUCAAUGAGUUUUAUUUAAUGUGUGGUUUCAUGUAAAACUUUACGGUGCUCCGUCACACACGUAUUUCAUUUUUUAUUUUAUAAUUUUUAUCUCAAGUUGCAGAUGUUAGCUUGCGAGUUUAGUCAUACUGAUAAAUCAAUGAAACCAAAUGUUUCUUUUUUUCCCCUUUAUAAUUCCUCCAUAAGAAUUGCUUCAGUUUUUGAAAAUUUUCAGCGAACACUGAGUCAUGGUCUGAAGCUUUUCACUGAAAUAUUUGUGUCUUGUCUUUCAUUUUCUACAAUUUGAGCUAUGCACAGAUUUACAGCCAUGGGAAUCUACUCAAAGCUUUGCACUAUAAAUGUCAUAUUAAUCACAGUCAAUAUUGCUUCUUUGUCAUGUUGCGUAGUCUGAGCCCAGAGAUGAACGUAUCCUUACUUUUUUGUCACCUUUAUCCAUUCAAAUGUAAUCUAAACCACUAGUAAUGCACUUGAGCCUUAUUAAACCUUUAACUGUGUUUCUUAUGCAGCACUUAAUGUCUAUUUUUCUGUUUUAUAGUAAGGAUAUUCUAAACCUGCUAUUAAGGGAGAGCAAUUUCUGUUCGCUGUAAUCUUUUGUUUUUAAUUUGCUGUGUUCAUACUCAUCUCCAUAUAAAAUAUUGUAUUUGUCAGUUGUUUGUAUUAAAUGUAUUCUUUGAAAUACUUUGGUGAAUUCACAACACAGUUCACUGUCAUAUCAGAGUUCCAGUUCCACAUGUAUUUUCAUGUUUGUGUUGAUAAGCAGCUGAAAGCGAUCCACUUUUAUUGAACAUUCAUGCUCUCACAUCCUUCCAAAACGGUUACUCAUUUUUUAAAUAUAUUUCAAUAACAG